CAUUAGGACCGCACGCAUAACUCAGAAAUUUGAACCUUCACCCCUAUUGCCUUCCUCCUUAUCACGCAAGGUCCAGACCUACAAUAGCAUACCCGCGCAACUCAUUAAGUUCCUCAGGGAUUGCCAGCUGUCAAUCUCUCCGUCAUGGAGAGCUUUGAAAAUAUCUACCUAGACCUUUCCAAGCAACCAGGCAAAUGCAAACUUGCUGAAAGUGGCCUGGGUUGGAAACCCUCCGGUGGAGGAGAUACAUUCACGCUCGACAAGAGCAAUAUCGGGGCCGCUCAAUGGAGCCGUGCGGCAAAGGGGUACGAACUGAAGAUCUUACCUCGCGCCGGUGGAGUCAUUCAACUGGAUGGUUUUGAUCAAGAAGACUUCGAACGGACGAGCAAGGCAUUUAAGCUCUGGUACGGCAUCAACCUCGAGAACCGGGAGCACGCCCUCAGAGGAUGGAAUUGGGGCAAAGCAGACUUCGGAAAGGCGGAAUUGUCUUUCAAUGUUCAAAACAGACCCGCAUUCGAAAUUCCCUAUUCAGAGAUCACAAACACGAAUUUAGCGGGAAGAAAUGAAGUGGCGGUGGAGUUUUCACUUUCAACUGAUAACGGUAGUCACGGAGUCAACGGACAGCCCGAACGUACUAAGAAUUAUGGUAAAAAGGCCGGUGCUGGCAAGGAUGAACUCGUUGAAAUGAGAUUCUAUAUCCCUGGUACUGCUGUGAAGGACCACCAGGCGGACGGAGAUGACAAGAGCGUGGAUGGAGAAGAACCCGAGGAACUGAAUGCCGCAAACCUUUUUUACGAAACGUUAAUGGAAAAGGCAGAGAUUGGCGAAGUUGCCGGAGAUACAUUUGCCACAUUUCCAGACGUGCUACAUCUUACUCCUAGAGGACGAUUCGAUAUCGACAUGUAUGAAAACUCGCUUCGGCUUCGCGGCAAGACGUACGAUUAUAAAAUUCAGUACCAGUCAAUUAAGAAAUUUUUCUUAUUGCCCAAGAAUGAUGACACACACACGUUGAUCACUAUAGGAUUAGACCCGCCCUUACGACAGGGACAAACCCGAUAUCCGUUCCUUGUGAUGCAACUGAAGUUGGACGAUGAAUACAAUCUCGACUUAAACAUGACUGAUGAACUACUCCAAACUCGGUACAAGGAUAAACUCCAGGCUCACUACGAGGAACCAAUUCAUCAGGUUAUAACAAAGGUUUUCCGUGGCCUCUCCGGAAAGAAAGUGAUCAUGCCAUCCAAAGAUUUUACCAGUCAUCAUAAUCACCGAGGAAUCAAGUGCUCCAUCAAGGCCAACGAAGGGUUGCUGUUCUGCCUUGACAAGAGUUUUAUGUUCGUUCCAAAGCCAGCAACAUACGUCCAAAUCGAAAACAUAUCCGUUAUCACUAUGUCUCGUGUUGGCGGCGCUGUCUCAGCUAGUCGAACGUUCGAUAUAACCAUGACCCUCAAAGGUGGAGGCGAGCAUCAAUUCAGCAAUAUCAACCGAGAGGAGCAACAGCCAUUGGAGUUAUUCUUUAAAGCCAAAAACAUUCGAUUUAAAAAUGAGAUGGCCGAAGAUACAUCCGCGCUCAUUGCCGCAGCUCUCGACAACGAUGAACUUAUGGGUUCCAGCGACGAGGAAGUCGAUGGAGGGCACCGCGGAUCAGCAGAUGAAGACGAAGAAUCUGUCGACGAAGACUUCCAAGCCGAAUCAGAAUCCGACGUCGCUGAAGAAUAUGAUUCCGCUCACGAGAGUAGUGGUAGCGGCAGUGGGAGCGACAGCGACGCCGACAUGGACGAUGCCGAAGAUGAGGGUCUCGAUGAAGACCUCGAUGAGCAAGAAGAAGAGCGGCCAAAAAAGAAGAGCAAGAUUGACAAGUGAUCACAAGUGGUUUUGGUUUUGAGAAAUGCAGUUAUUUAAUCACUACGGAUACUCGAAAUAAUCGUACGUUGUCGCUAUCUUGGGACUGGGCAUCUGGGCUAUUACUUCCUUCUUUGUGGAUCUUAUCUUGUGAUAUUAGAAAAGUGCUGGCCAGGUUUGGAUGGAGGGACAUCCGUUUGUUCAAGUUUCUUGUAUCGCGCUUGUGGCCCACCCGGAGGACAGAUUGUAUAGCAGUCCUUAUAUGAGGUAACUAUGCAUGGAUGGUAUGCGCCUCAUUAACUGCACUGUACUGAGUACUCUAUCUAGUUACCAGUGCAUA